AUGACCGAAGGUUUUACUCGCCACCGCGCGAACUCCGCUGCUGCAGCCCCAGCUUUGUCGUCCACAUUGCCUCACCAUAUUAGGCCCAACGUAACUAGACCUGUAGUACCCAGCCGCUGGCCGCGUCGACUGCUCUAUACCGGCGUCGUGUACGUUUGCGGACUUGUGGCCUUCAUUCUCUACACUCGUUUUCCGUCGUCGCCUAAUUCCCACCCAUCAAAUGGAGCUUUUGACGGCGUACAAGGAUUUUCCAGCUCCCAACCCGAUGAACAGGCAAUUGCUCUAGCAGAGGAGCAUGCUCGUGACGUUAAAAUGCUACCACAAGGUCAUAGCAGACUUCGAGAACUCCGAUGCAUCGGCUGGAGAGCAACCGACAGUUGCAGUCCUCACGGCCCUAGAUUACCGCAUCUAGACAAACCAUGCCACAUGAUGGUGGAGCACACACAAUCCGGUUAUUGCGAGGUGGAGGACAAACAGACCAAAGAAAGGUUCCGAGUCAUGCGACGAUACUGUCGAAGUAUGCGAUCCGAAGGUCAAUUUCGAUGUUUUGAUGCGGAAGAUUUCGUGAAUUUCCCGGUUAUUGUGGAGCAGACAAUGAACAAAGCACUAACGUCAAAUUUCGUAUUGCCACAGGGGCGAGAAGGGUCCAAGGGAAUUGUUAUGGUGGUGUACCCGAAGAUGGUACCGAGUGCUUACGCUACACUUCGAUCAUUGCGAGAGAUUUUGAAGUGUACAUUGCCAAUUGAGUUGUGGUAUCGACCGAAAGAAAUGCAAGCUGCUCCUGGGUCGAUGGAGCCUUUGCAACAAUUUGCUGCGUCGACUGCGGACUUGACGUUCCGUGAGAUUGACGACAAAAAAGCGACGGGUUUCGGUGCCAAGGUGUUUGCGAUUUAUCAUAGUCAUUUCGAGCAAAUCUUGUUUCUAGAUUCGGACAAUGUACCCGUAAGAGAUCCGAGUUUCCUGUUCGAGACACACGAGUUCAAGGAUACGGGAGCUAUCUUCUGGCCGGACUUUUGGCAUCCGAGACAUACGAUCUUUAACGUUCACGGCCAAUCGUUGCUAUGGGAACUACUCGACCAACGGUUUGUGAAUAUGUUUGAGCAGGAGAGCGGACAGUUAGUGAUCAACCGACGACGACAUGGUGCACCACUGGAGCUGGUGAAGUUUUACACUUUCCAUACACCAAACUUCUUCAAGACGUUCGAAUUGGUACACGGUGAUAAGGAUUUAUUCCGGUUAUCUUGGCUAAAACUCAAGUCGCCAUUCCACAUGAUGGACACGCCACCUGCCGUUGCUGGGAAGGCUUUUAACGAUUCUUUUUGCGGUAUGACAAUGGUACAGCACGAUGCGGAUGGCCAAGUGCUCUUCUUGCAUAGAAAUUCUCGUAAACUUGUCGGCGAACCCAAACGCCAAUAUGUACAUCUUAAGACCCUCGCUGCUCUAAGGGUAAAGGAAAAGUUGCUACUAACUCGACCUGGUGGACGCACCAAACCCACUUUGGAGGAGAUCGAAGAGGAAUUGGAGAAGGGCUUCGUCACACCUGCGCCUACCUUGGAUGCCCCUGAGGCCGAUGGUUAUCCAGAUGCAAUAUAUUGGACGCACUUGUUAUCGUUUCGGAAUACUUCCAAGAGAAUACACUACAAGAUCGAUGUGCAUGCUGGGCUUGAUGGCUUCACUAAGGGCCAGACUUGCUAUGGUGUGUCCGAUAUGGUGGAGAAGAACGAACAUUUUUACUUCGAACGAUUCGCUAACUUUAAUUUUGGUGGUCUCGAGACCCAGUUACGCAAGUUUGCCGUGGAAGCGGCACAAGUGAUUAAAGUGCAUCUAAACGACUCAGAGAUUCAAGCUACGCGACAAAAAAAUUAA